UAGCAUGGGUGCAGCGUCACAUAUUCCCAAUUAUGCUAAAAGCGGAUGUUUUCCACUCGCUGCACUUACUUCCGGGAAGCUAAGCUAACUAGCUAGCUGUCCAUACCGACAAAUUGACUUAGCUAACUUGUAACAAUGACAGCACUAGCGUAGUUGACUGGGCUGGUUGAAAAUGAUAAGCAUACUUUUAAUUGCCCUGUUGGCUCCUUGUUGGAUCAACGGUGCAAUUAAAUCAAGAGUUACGGAAGAGAAUCGCGAAGAAAACCCCGAGUUCGAUGCUCUGAACUCCAUCCUGUCAGACUUUGAGGUGCUGCCAUUGUCAGGCCUCCAGCUGCACUCUGUAAGGAAGAGGGACGUCCACAUCCAGUCCCACCUGGAGCGCCUGGUGAGCUUCAGGGCCCUGCACAGAAAUUUCAAGCUUUACUUGACCACCAACACAGACCUUUUCACUGACAACUUUAAGGCGGUGUUUGUAGAUAAACAUGGAAGCGAGGAAAACUACGAUGUUCAUUUUCAGAACUAUUUUACUGGCCAUGUUGUAGGAGAGGAGAAUUCACGUGUGCAGGCACACAUAGAAGGAGAUGAGUUUUCUGCUCAUAUUCUAACUGAUGAAGCAGAGUACAACGUAGAGCCCCUGUGGAGGUUUACAGAUUCCCCAGCUGAUGGCAGGUUGCUGGUUUAUCGCUCAGAUGACAUCAGGAAUCUGAGCCGCAUCGUCUCUCCAAAGGUCUGUGGUUACAUCCACGCAGAGACUAAGGAGCUGCUGCCAGAGACUGCCAGGGAUUUGGAUGGGCAGGAGGAGAUUGACCAAGAAAGGGGGUCCCACCACAGAGAGAAGAGACAGGCUCACGAUCACAAGAAGAAUACCUGCCCCCUGUUGCUAGUUGCAGAUUACCGCUUCUUUAAACACAUGGGCCGCGGACAAGAGAGCGUCACUCUCAACUACCUGAUUGAGCUGAUUGAUCGAGUUGAUGACAUUUAUAGGAACACAACCUGGGAUGAUGAAUUCAAAGGCUAUGGGGUCCAGAUCCAUCAGAUUAUCAUAAACAAGGAGCCUACACAGCCUCCCCCUGGGACUGGCUGGGUCCACUAUAACAUGGAGAACAGUCCUGUAAGCGGAAAGGCGGUCUGGGACGUAAAGAGACUUCUGGAGCAAUUCAGCUCAGACAUAGCUGACAAUGCCUCCACUGUAUGUCUGGCCCACCUGUUCACCUACCAGGAUUUUGACGAGGGCACACUGGGGCUGGCAUACGUGGCCCCCUCCAAACCUCAGGCACUGGGCGGCCUCUGCCCAAAACCAUACUACCCAUCUCACUCUGUAAAGAAGCCCAGUUACCUCAACACAGGCCUGACCAGCACCAAGAACUAUGGCAAAACCAUCCUAACAAAGGAAGCAGAUUUGGUAACCACUCAUGAGCUGGGCCAUAACUUUGGAGCAGAGCACGAUCCUGACAACAUCCCUUACUGUGCUCCCAGUGACGACAAUGGAGGGAAGUUUGUCAUGUACCCUAUAGCUGUGAGCGGAGACCAUAUCAACAACAAGCGCUUCUCCAACUGCAGCAAGAUCUCUGUAGGAAAGACAUUACGUUUCAAGGCUCCCGUGUGUUUCAAGGAGAGGAACAGUAAGGUGUGUGGGAACUCCAGAGUGGAGGAUGGGGAGGAGUGCGAUCCCGGGCUACUCCACCUCAACGAAGACCCCUGCUGCUCAGCUGACUGCAAAUUCAGACGCGGUGCACAGUGCAGCGACAGAAACAGCCCUUGUUGUAGCAAGUGCAAGUUUCAGCUGGCAAGAACAAGGUGCCAGGAACCUAUUAAUGCUACCUGUAAAGGCAUAUCCUCCUGCACAGGCAACAGUAGUCAAUGUCCACCUCCUGAAAACGCUGCUGACGACACAGUGUGUGUGGACAACGGCCGGUGUCUCAAUGGAGAGUGCAACCCUUUCUGCGAGGCCAUGCAGAAACUUCAGUCCUGUGCUUGCAAUGAGACGGAGAACUCCUGUAAAGUGUGCUGCAGGGGAAAAGGGGGCGCCUGCUCUCCCUUUAUCCAGACCAAUGGCAGUUUUCUUUUCCUUCGCAAAGGAAAACCCUGCACUGUGGGCUUCUGUGACGGGACCGGAAAGUGCAUGAAACAGGUGCAGGACGUGAUCGAGAGGUUGUGGGAUUUUAUCGACAAGCUGGACAUUAACACAUUUGGGAAGUUUCUGGCUGAUAACAUAGUGGGCUCUGUCGUGGUGUUUUCACUUGUUUUCUGGAUUCCUCUCAGUAUCCUGGUUCACUGUGUGGACAAACGACUUGACCAGCAGUAUGAGGAGAACACAAAGUCUUUCUAUUACCCUCCAAGCCAGAUGGUGGAAGUUUGUAGUAGAGCUCCCGCCAUAGAGUCAAGAAAUGCUGAGCAACCUCGAGUCGGCGUCGGUGCGCAUCGUCAAGCCUCUUCAGCCUCUCUCAUCCUGCGUCGGCCGGACCGCGCCCUUCUCCCUGCCCCCUCAGCAGCAAAGCCAGGUCUCUGCCUCUCUCGCAGCCAGCACCAGUACCCAGGCCCCCGACCCGAGCUACGCCCCCACCCAGGACAGCGCAGGGGGGCCACGGAUGGACACCAUCCAGGAGGACACCAGCAGCGACUCUCACCUGGGAGAGGAGGGCCCGUCGGACGAUUUCACAACCGCAGGAGCCUGCUCGUCGGCUACGAAAUCCUCCUACGAGGAUCUGACAGAGCAGAACCCGGCAGCCAGGGACCGGCGGCGCCUCAAGAGGCAGGAAUGCUUUGAGGCGGACACAAAAGAGACUGAAUGUUGAGAUGAAAUCACCAGUACAUUUUGUUUAAAAGCAACAACACUUACAUGCUUCCUGUGUUAAGGGAACAUGCAAAUAACAUGCAGCAUCAU